AAUAGAUAAAUUAACACACCAAGUAACUAACACAUAGAUAACUUUAAGUAUAAUGUAAUGAGCAAAAUUAGGUAAGAAUUAUCAGAAUUAACACAUCAAUAUCCCGAAUCCCACUGAAUUGUAACCCUACGUCCCCCAGAGCAACACAUUUCAAUUUCUUGCAGACGAAUUUGCUUUUGUUCUUAAGAAUUCCAUAUUCCCGACUGAAUGCUGACCUUUCAACACCUCAAGCAUUAAUGAGUGGCCCUUUGUAACAUUGGAACAGAAUACUCUCAUUGUUCAUCAGCUAAUCAUAUUUGAAAAAUGAAUGCUGAUGCGAGCAGUCAGGCAAAUCCAGAUUCCAGUGCUGAUCCUCCAAAAACAGAGGAAAAAUGGGGGUAUGAUCUUUACCCUGAGCGGCGUGGGCAGAAAUACCAACCAUCCUUGACCAAGAUAGCCUUACUAGGUGAAGGCAGAGAAAAUAUUGACAAAAUUAAGUGCGAGAGGAAUGUGUGGAACUGUGCUCAGAAAAGUCCCAUUGUUAAGCUGAUGCUUGCUGCUUUAAAGUCAUCUGGUUGUGAGGUUGACCUUUCUCGACAUGUUGCCUGUGAAGUCUGUGAUGUUUCUGUUAGUGGAGGUUACGAUCCGGAGUUGAACCAGGUGGUUGUGUGCCAGAAUGUGGCACGAUCGGAAGGCAUGACCCAAGGCGUCCUCACACACGAGUUCAUCCACAUGUUUGACUACUGUCGAAACAAGCUCGACUUCAAGAAUAUAGAACAUUUGGCCUGCACAGAGAUUAGGGCAGCCAACUUGUCUCACUGCUCUUUCCUGUCGGCUGUGGGCCAGGGGGAUGCAUCGCCUUUCAAGAUUGCAAAGGCACAUCAGGACUGUGUGAAAACAAAAGCUGCACUGUCAGUCAUGGCUGUACGGAAGGUGUCAGAGCCAGAAGCUAGAACGAUUGUUGACAAAGUUUUCGACAAGUGUUACAAUGACCUCGAGCCCAUUGGAAGACGAAUCCGCAGAAAUUCCUUAGAUAUGCACAAAGCUUAUAUGGAACGUUUUGCAUAUGGUUACGACUAGCCACAGUGGUGUGUAGUAAUAAACUUUGUGAUAUGAAAAAUCUCUUUGGUUUAGUGAACAGUGGUAUUAUAAAGUGGGAUUGUGUGGACCAAUAAGUGUUUUUUUUUUCAUUCAUUUAUUUCUUUAUAAGAUUAUAUGGUCUAUUUUAAUUGAUGAUCAUCUUAUUACUUUCAUUAUUUUUUUUUUCUAUGGAUGAAACAUGGUAGCUGGCUAUGUCUCUGUAAAUACAUAUGUAUAAAAAUGUAAAGGUUAUUGAUAUUUGUUAAUAUAAAUUAAACAUUUUG